CCUCAGAUAAUGUUAUUUAUAUCUCUGGGCGGGUCCGAGGCUCGGCAGCACCAGGCGCCCGGCGGCCACUGUGCCAGGAGCCCCGCGCUGCCCUCCUUCCCCUGCGCCGCCGCCGCUGCCGCCCCCGGGCUCGGGGUGGCCGUCGCUACAGCUCCAGCGCAGGGACCCUUCCAUGAAGACUGAGGCAGGCAUAGCUGCUGAGAGCCUGCUGACAUGACAUCGGCCACGGAGUUUGAAAACGUAGGCAACCAGCCAUCGUACAGCCGGAUCAAUGCCCGCUGGGAUGCCCCGGAUGAUGAGCUGGAUAAUGACAACAGCUCAGCCAGGCUCUUUGAGAGGUCCCGGAUCAAGGCCUUGGCAGAUGAGCGGGAAGUUGUUCAGAAGAAGACCUUCACGAAAUGGGUGAACUCACACCUGGCACGUGUGUCCUGCCGUAUCACCGACCUCUACAAGGACCUGCGGGAUGGGAGGAUGCUCAUCAAGCUGCUGGAGGUGCUCUCAGGAGAGACGCUGCCAAAGCCCACGAAAGGGAAGAUGCGCAUCCACUGCCUGGAGAAUGUGGACAAGGCCCUGCAGUUCCUGAAGGAGCAGCGUGUGCACCUGGAGAACAUGGGCUCCCACGACAUUGUGGAUGGCAACCACCGCCUGGUCCUGGGCCUCAUCUGGACCAUCAUCCUCCGCUUCCAGAUUCAGGAUAUCGUUGUCCAGACUCAGGAAGGUCGUGAGACACGCUCGGCCAAGGAUGCGUUGCUGUUAUGGUGUCAGAUGAAGACGGCAGGCUACCCCCACGUCAAUGUCACCAACUUCACCUCCAGCUGGAAGGAUGGCCUGGCCUUUAACGCCCUGAUACACAAGCACCGGCCUGACCUGAUCGACUUUCAUAAGCUGAAGGACUCCAAUGCCCGUCACAACCUGGAGCACGCAUUUGACGUGGCUGAGCGUCAGCUGGGCAUCAUCCCGCUCCUCGACCCCGAAGAUGUCUUCACAGAAAACCCUGAUGAGAAAUCCAUCAUUACCUACGUGGUGGCGUUUUACCAUUACUUUUCCAAGAUGAAGGUGCUGGCAGUAGAGGGCAAGCGUGUCGGCAAGGUCAUCGACCAUGCCAUUGAGACUGAGAAGAUGAUUGAGAAGUAUAGUGGUCUGGCCUCAGACCUGCUCACCUGGAUCGAGCAGACCAUCACUGUCCUGAACAGCCGCAAGUUCAUCAAAUCCCUGUCCAGCGUCCAGCAGCAGCUACAGGCCUUCAGCACCUACCGCACUGUGGAGAAGCCGCCCAAGUUUCAGGAGAAGGGGAAUCUGGAAGUCCUACUUUUUACCAUCCAGUCCCGAAUGAGAGCCAACAAUCAGAAAGUGUACACGCCCCAUGAUGGGAAAUUAGUGUCUGACAUCAACCGGGCCUGGAAAAGCCUGGAGGAAGCUGAGUAUCAGCGGGAGCUGGACCUGAGGAAUGAGCUCAUCCGGCAGGAGAAGCUGGAGCAGUUGGCCCGGCGCUUUGACCGAAAGGCUGCCAUGAGAGAGACGUGGCUCAGUGAAAACCAGCGUCUUGUGGCCCAGGAUAACUUCGGGUACGACCUGGCAGCUGUGGAGGCCGCCAAGAAGAAGCAUGAGGCCAUUGAGACAGACACGGCUGCCUACGAGGAGCGGGUGAGGGCCCUGGAGGACCUGGCCCAGGAGCUGGAGAAGGAGGAUUACCACGACCAGAAGCGCAUCACAGCCCGCAAGGACAACAUCCUGCACCUGUGGAACUACCUGCAGGAGCUGCUGCAGUCCCGGCGCCAGAGACUCGAGAAGACGCUGGCACUACAGAAGCUCUUCCAGGACAUGCUGCACAGCAUCGACUGGAUGGAUGAGAUCAAGGCUCACCUCUUGUCUGCUGAGUUUGGGAAGCACUUAUUGGAGGUUGAGGACUUGCUGCAGAAACACAAAUUGAUGGAGGCCGACAUUGCCAUCCAAGGGGACAAAGUGAAGGCCAUCACUGCUUCUACUCUGCAAUUCACUGAGGGGACAGGGUACCAGCCUUGCGACCCUCAGGUCAUCCGGGACCGUGUCAGCCACCUGGAGCAGUGCUUCGAGGAGCUGAGCAACACGGCGGCCGGGCGGAAGGCCCAGCUAGAGCAGUCCAAGCGGCUCUGGAAGUUCUUCUGGGAGAUGGAUGAGGCCGAGAGCUGGAUCAAGGAGAAGGAGCAGAUUUACUCCUCCCUGGACUAUGGCAAGGACCUGACCAGCGUGCUCAUCUUGCAGCGCAAGCACAAGGCCUUUGAGGAUGAGCUGCGCGGGCUGGACGCCCACCUGCAGCACAUCUUCCAGGAGGCUGAGGGCAUGAUUGCACGCAAGCAGUUUGGACACCCGCAGAUCAAGGCCCGAAUUAAGGAGGUGUCUGCCCAGUGGGACCAGCUGAAGGAGCUGGCUGCCUUUCGCAAGAGGAACCUCCAGGAUGCUGAGAACUUCUUCCAGUUCCAGGGCGAUGCAGACGACCUGAAGGCCUGGCUGCAGGAUGCCCACCGGCUGCUCUCAGGAGAUGACGUGGGGCAGGAUGAAGGGGCCACACGGGCCCUGGAGAAAAAGCACAAGGACUUCCUGGAUGAGUUGGAGGAGAGCCGCGGGGUGAUGGAGCAUCUGAAACAGCAGGCCCAGGCCUUCCCCCAAGAGUUUCGGGAUUCCCCAGAUGUGACCAAUCGGCUGCAGACCCUCCAGGAUCUCUACCAGCAGGUGGUGGCCCAGGCAGACCUGCGUCAGCACAGGCUGCAGGAUGCCCUGGACCUGUACAUGGUGUUUGGGGAGACUGAUGCCUGUAAGCUGUGGAUGAGCGAGAAGGAGAAGUGGCUGGCCCAGAUGGAUAUCCCAGACACGCUGGAGGACCUGGAGGUCGUGCAGCACAGGUUUGACAUCCUGGACCAGGAGAUGAAGACUCUGAUGGCUCAGAUUGAUAGCGUGAACCUUGCUGCCAACAGCCUGGUAGAGAGUAACCACCUGCGCAGUGGGGAGGUGAAGCAGUACCAGGACCAGCUGAACACCAGGUGGCAGGCAUUCCAGACCAUGGUGUUAGGCCGGCGGGAGGCAGUGGACUCGGCCCUUCGGGUGCACAACUACUGUGUGGACUGCGAGGAGACCAGCAAGUGGAUCAUGGACAAGACGAAUGUAGUAGAGUCCACAAAGAACCUGGGUCGGGACCUGGCGGGCGUCAUUGCCAUUCAGCGCAAGUUGUCGGGGCUGGAGCGUGAUGUGGCUGCCAUCCAGGCCCGCGUGGGUACCCUUGAGCGGGAGUCACAGCGGCUGAUGGAGUCACACCCUGAGCUGGAGAAGGACAUUGGCCGGCGGCAGGCGUAUGUGGAGGAGCUGUGGCAGGGCCUGCAGCAAGCCCUGAAGGGCCAGGAGGCCUCGCUGGGGGAAGCCAGCCAGCUGCAGGCCUUCCUGCAGGAUCUAGAUAAAUUCCAGGCUUGGCUAUCCACAGCCCAGAAGGACGUGGCCUCCAAAGACAUGCCCGAGUCCCUCCUAGAGGCUGAGCAGCUCCUGCAGCAGCAUGGGGCCAUCAAGGAUGACAUUGACAGGCACCAGGAAAGCUACCAGCAGGUCAUGGCGUCUGGGGAGAAAGUAAUUAGUGGCCAGACGGACCCAGAGUACCAGCUCUUAGGCCAACGGCUGGGUGGCCUGGCUACUGGCUGGGACUCCCUGCGCCGGAUGUGGGAAAGCCGCAGCCACACCCUCACCCAGUGCCUCGGCUUCCAGGAGUUCCAGAAAGAUGCCAAGCAGGCUGAAACCAUCCUCAGCAACCAGGAAUACACUCUGGCUCACUUGGAGCCCCCAGACUCCCUAGAAGCUGCAGAGGCCGGGAUCCGGAAGUUUGAGGAUUUCUUGUUGUCUAUGAAGAACAACCAGAAUAAGGUCUUGAGCACCAUAGACUCUGGAAACAAGCUGGUAGCUGAGGGAAACCUCUACUCAAACAAGAUCAAGGAGAAGGUGCAGCUGAUUGAGGACAGGCACAGGAAGAACAGCAAGAGGGCCCAGGAGGCCGGAGUCCUUCUGAGAGACAACCUGGAGCUCCAGAACUUCCUGCAGAACUGCCAGGAGCUCACUCUCUGGAUCAAUGACAAGCUGCUGACAUCUCAGGAUGUCUCCUAUGAUGAAGCGCGAAACCUUCACAACAAAUGGCUGAAGCACCAGGCAUUCAUGGCGGAGCUGGCUUCCCACCAGGGCUGGCUGGAGAACAUUGAUGCAGAAGGAAAGCAGCUGAUGGAGGAGAAGCCCCAGUAUUUGGCCCUGGUGUCCCAGAGGCUAGAAGCCUUGCACCAGCUCUGGAAUGAGCUUCAGGCCACCACAAAGGAGACAGCCCAGCGCCUCUCAGCCGCCAGGAGCUCCGAGCUGCGCCUGCAGACCCACGCCGACCUCAACAAGUGGAUCAGGGCCAUGGAGGACCAGCUGCGGUCAGACGACCUGGGCAGGGAUCUGACCAGCGUCAACAGGAUGCUAGCUAAGCUGAAGCGCGUGGAGGACCAAGUGAACGUGCGGAAGGAGGAGCUGAGGGAGCUGUUUGCCCAGAUGCCCUCGCUGGAAGAGGAGGUGGAAGGGGAAGACUUGAGCAUUGAGAAGCGGUUCCUGGACCUUCUGGAGCCCUUGGGGAGGAGGAAGAAGCAGCUGGAAUCAUCCAGAGCCAAGCUGCAGCUCAGCCGGGACUUAGAGGAUGAGACGCUGUGGGUGGAGGAGAGGCUGCCUCUGGCCCAGUCGGCCGACUAUGGCACUAACCUGCAAACUGUGCAGCUGUUCAUGAAGAAGAACCAGACGCUGCAGAAUGAGAUCCUGGGCCAUGCACCGCGGGUGGAGGAUGUGCUGCGGAGAGGGCAGCGGCUGGUGGAGGCGGCCGAGAUCGACUGCCGGGACAUCGAGGAGCGCCUGGGGCACCUGCAGGGCUCGUGGGGCACGCUGCAGGAGGCGGCGGCCAGGCGGCUGCAGCGCCUGCGGGAGGCCAGCGAGGCGCAGCAGUACUACCUGGACGCGGAGGAGGCCGAGGCCUGGAUCAGCGAGCAGGAGCUCUAUGUCAUCUCCAAAGAGACCUCCGAGGAUGAAGAGGGUGCUAUCGUGAUGCUGAAGCGGCACUUGCGGCAGCAGCGCGCGGUGGAGGAGUACGGGAGGAACAUCAAGCAGCUGGCCGGCCGGGCCCAGGGCCUGCUGUCUGCCGGCCACCCUGAGGGGGAACAGAUCAUCAGACUUCAGGGGCGAGUGGACAAGCAGUAUGCAGGGCUGAAGGACAUGGCAGAGGAGCGCAAGCGGGAGCUGGAGAACCAGUACCACCUCUUCCAGCUGAGGAGGGAGACAGAUGACCUGGAGCAGUGGAUCGCGGAGAAGGAGCGGGUGGCCUCUUCCCCAGAAAUGGGGCAAGACUUUGACCACGUGACUCUGCUCCGGGACAAGUUCCGGGACUUUGCUCGGGAGACUGGGGCGAUUGGGCAGGAGCGGGUGGACAACGUGAAUGCCAUCAUCGAGCGGCUCAUCGAUGCAGGCCACGCAGAGGCGGCCACCAUCGCCGAGUGGAAGGACGGGCUGAACGAGAUGUGGGCAGACCUGCUGGAGCUCAUCGACACACGCAUGCAGCUGCUGGCCGCCUCCUACGACCUGCACCGCUACUUCUACACUGGCGCCGAGAUCCUGGGCCUCAUCGAGGAAAAGCACCGCGAGCUGCCCGAGGACGUGGGGCUGGAUGCCAGCACCGCCGAGUCCUUCCACCGCGUGCACACGGCCUUUGAGCGGGAGCUCCACCUGCUGGGCGUACAGGUACAGCAGUUCCAGGAUGUGGCCGCCCGCCUACAGAUGGCGUACGCUGGGGAGAAGGCAGACACCAUCCAGAACAAGGAGCAGGAGGUAUCUGCUGCGUGGCAGGCGCUGCUCGAUGCCUGUGCCGGGCGCCGCACCCAGCUGGUGGACACAGCGGACAAAUUCCGCUUCUUCAGCAUGGUCCGAGACCUCCUCUCCUGGAUGGAGAGCAUCAUCCGGCAGAUCGAGACCCAGGAGAGGCCCAGGGACGUCUCCUCAGUGGAACUACUCAAGAAGUAUCACCAGGGUAUCCGGGCAGAGAUAGAAACCCGGAGCAAGAACUUCAGUGCCUGCCUGGAGCUUGGAGAGUCCCUGCAGCAGCGGCAGCACCAGGCCUCGGACGAGAUCAGUGAGAAACUGCAGCAGGUUGUGUCCAGGAGGAAGGAGAUGAUGGAGAAAUGGGAGGCCCGCUUUGAGCAUCUCAAUAUGUUGCUGGAAGUGUGCCAGUUCUCUCGGGACGCCUCUGCGGCCGAAGCAUGGCUGAUCGCCCACGAGCCCUACCUGGCCAGCCAGGACUUUGGACACACAGUGGACACUGUAGAAAAGCUUAUCAAGAAGCAUGAGGAUUUUGAGAAAUUCACAGCGGCCAGCUGGGAAGAGCGCUUCGCUGCCCUGGAGAAGCCCACCACGCUUGAGCUCAAAGAACGCCAGGCCCCAGAGAGACCCAAGAAGGAGACUACUGGGCCUCAAGAGGAGGAAAGCGAGACAGCAGGGGAGGGUCCCCGAGGUCCCCAUCGACCAGCCACCAAGACACCGUCCCUGGGGGAAGAAGAGAGGCCGUGGCCUCAGGACCAGCAGCUGCCACCCCUGCCAGGGCUGCACGAGGAAGGGCAGGAGGAGAAAUCCAGUGCAGAUGAGAGGCCAGCCACAGAGCCCCUCUUCAAGGUCCUGGACACGCCUCUGAGUGAGGGCGACGAGCCUACAACACUGCCAGCCCCGCGGGACCACGCGCACAGUGUGCAGAUGGAGGGCUACCUGGGCCGCAAGCAUGACCUGGAGGGGCCCAACAAGAAGGCAUCCAACAGGUCUUGGAACAACCUGUACUGUGUGCUCAGGAACAGCGAGCUGACCUUCUAUAAAGAUGCCAAGAACCUGGCUCUGGGGGUGCCCUACCACGGGGAAGAGCCCCUGGCCCUGAGACACGCCAUCUGUGAGAUUGCUGCCAACUACAAGAAGAAGAAACACGUCUUCAAGCUGAGGCUGAGCAAUGGGAGCGAGUGGCUCUUCCACGGCAAGGAUGAGGAGGAGAUGCUGUCCUGGCUGCAGGGCGUGAGCACCGCCAUCAAUGAGUCCCAGAGCAUCCGUGUCAAGGCACAGAGCCUGCCCCUGCCCUCCAGCACCGGCCCCGACGCCAGCCUGGGCAAGAAAGAGAAGGAGAAGAGAUUCAGCUUCUUCCCCAAAAAGAAGUAGCCUCUUGGCCGCCCCGCGGAUGAAGCCGGCUCAUCGGUACAUGGGGGCCGAGCGCCCCCCUCAGCCACCCUGGCCGGGCUGGGGCGCCGUCGGCCUUGAGCUCGGCCGGGUCCUCCUCCCGCCUGCGCCCGGCCGCCCGCUGCCUGCCGCCUGCCUGCUCCGAGCCGCCGGGCCGGGUCCGGGCCUCCGCUGCACUGCAAUAGCUGCCUUCGUCCGCCCGGCCCGACGUCUGCCUCCGCGCCCUCCGCCGCCCCGCAGCCCCGGCGCCCAGCUGAGGGCGAGCGCGGGCUCCCGGGACAGGGCUCCCAGCUCCGCCCGCCCACGGGGCCUCCGGGCCUGGGAGCAGGAACGGUUUUCCAAGGCCCACGCCCUCCUCUCCCAGCCCCCUCCCCCUGCGCCGUUCCCGCACAAGCUGGAGAAGGCUGGCGGGGUUCCUUAGACUCUGCCCACUCCCAAAGCAAGUCUUGCUUGGGGUCACCUCCCACUUGGUCGCAGCCAGGGAAGGGGAAAGGGAAGAGGACGCUAGAAAUGCCUGAUGUUCCCCUUAGGGGCGUGAGGAAGGAGCUUUCAUAUAGCUCUGGGCCAGGGGCCGCUGGGGGCUGAGGGGACACAGCCUCCUCCCCACUGGGCUUCUCACCUCAGGGGCCACUGCAGCCCCUCCCCCCGCCUCCUCCCACCAAAAGUGGGACGGGGUUCCUCCAAGGUCAGUGGGUUCUAAGGGCAAGGGGCCUCCCGCUGCCACCACAGCACUUGUAGGGAGGAUCGGUAAGCUCUCAAGCCAGCCCCGUCUUUUUAAACUAGUUAGUUUAGGGCUCAGGCGGGAAGGAGGCAGACAGGUCUCCACAGUACCUGAGGCUCUGCCUCUCCAAUCUGGGACCCUCCCCUACUCCGGGACCCUCCCCUACUCCCAGUAGCUGCCAAACCAGCAAUAUCCCACUCAGACCCAGGGCCCCUUAGGGAGACAGUGCAGGUCCCAAGCUACGUGAUGGACAAACACCUCAGCACCUGGCAUAGAGCAUCCCAAAGCCAAAUACCCAAUGUGUCCUAUCUGCAGCUGGUACCAUCUGAGGGUGCUGGCUGGACUGACAGCAAAGCUCAUGACCUGUCAUCCUGGGGUGGCAAAUGUGGCCACAUCUGGGUAUUGCCACCCAUGUAACCACCCCCAGACAGCUGGGACAAAUGCUGAGGCCAGAGCCAUGAAGGUAUGGCACCCUUUGCUCAGCUCGCCCAAAGGUCCUGGCCUUGAGCCUUGGAUGGGGGGUUACAUGGGUACCUAACCCCCUACCCCAGGCACAGCCAAACGGGGCCCUGUAACCUCUAUCCCCAGGGAUAGCCUUCCCCGUGCUCUAAGGUCAGAUUUCUGUAGGGAAGAUUCCACUGGCUCCAUAAGGAUUUUCUCCACCACUCUCUGAAAGCAAUACAGCUCCAGCCCAGCAUCUUAACUGGGGCAAGAUCCAAAAGAGGGGUCAAGUUGCGGGAGCAGGCACCUUCUCUGGGCAGACCACAAAGGUCCCUGGGCCUGCAGUUGCUGUUUCCAUCACCUUCCCCAUGGGAAAGAGCCUUAGCACACUGAGAUGAUCCCCCGGAAGUGGGUGAGGCUCAGGUAAAAGCCGCAGGCGUAGGCAUCCAGAGUUACGAGGCCUCCUCAGGAGCCCUUAGCAUUCGAGAUCACCACCACCGUCUCAGGGGAAGGCCGUUUCAGCAGAUGAGAACCACAGGAGGGAAGUUCUCUGAUGGAGCCUGGCAGGUGGUCCCACCUCUGAAGCCAAGGGUCUUCAUUUGGCCUCUCUGCAUCUAACUACAUGGCCCUCUGUGCAUCCACAGGGAACCUAAUCUAUCCCACUCACCAGCCUCCUUCUACACCUAGGGAAACCAAGGCAAGAGGCGGUGAGGUGAUGACACUCACCUGGCAAUAAAGGCCUCUGGUGAUCCGAGGGCAUGUCCUGCUCCAGGGCAGAUAGCAUGUUCCUUGCUGAAGAGCAGAUGGUGGCGAGUUUCCCUCAACUGUUUCCAUGGGCCAGUCUUUAGGGAGCCAAAAGACUAGGGGCCACCCUCUCCCCUCCACAUGUGCCAAAGCAGCACCUAAAGUGAGGAAUUUCAGCAGGCAAUUCCACAGCCCCAGUAAUGAACGGGCCCCAAAGAAGAGCUAGGAUUUCCCGGCCCCUAGACUGGGCAGCCAGUUGCAUGUGACCCACAUCAACUGCCAGUCCCUCCCACAUCCCUCCCGUAUCACAUAGGCCCCAAGACAACCAACUGGACUGAAACUGCAGGCACCCAGCUCUGGGACUCCGUGCCGUGUUGGGGGCUAAGCUCCUGGUGCCCUGGCAAGAUUUCUUUUUUUCCUGCUUACAUUUUCUACUUUGCAGUCUUUUCUUUAACAGUAUCCCAAAACUAGGUUGACACAGCUCCAGUCCACACCAGCAUACCAGGCUUCCUCCCCAGGGCAGUUUAGAGGAAGCUCUUUCCGGGCAUGGUCAGACGGUCCUCCUUCCCUCUCUCCUUCCCCUUUGUCCCCUGGCCUCAACUGACUGAGGGGGGGGGAGGGGGCACCCUCGGGCUUCCCUCCCACUAGUAGCACUCAUGACAGGAGGCCUGUCGGUGGCUCAUCUUCCCCGCCACACCAGUCCUCCUUCCUGCCCAUCGGAGAGCAGAGUCCCCAAGGCUGAUCCUGGCUCUCACAGCUCCCUUCAGUGGGAGGGGGCAGAGAUCCAGAGGACCCCGUGGCUCAGUUCCUUGGAUAAGCAAGCUCAGGGAGGAUGCAAGGGAGGAGGUGGCUGCAGAGGACUGCAACCCUGAUGGGCAGACCAUGCAAACUGGGGCUGGCCCUGGGGUCGGCUGGGCCUUGUCCUCCACCUGCUCAAACGUGCUUCCACCAGAGGAAACCCAUUUACUAGUUUUUCUAAUAAAUCAAUAAUGC